AUGAGUGAAUGUGUGGAGCUCGUAGUUAAUGGAGGAAAUUGCGAAAACGAUAAGAUUCAAGCCCGCAAAUUAACAAAACAAUACACAAAUGAGAUUGUUAUGGGAACCGAUGAAGAUCCAUUUAAUAAACCGGAACUCGUUCAUACACUUAAGGGUAAAGAACUGUGCUUAUUUGUGAUUUUCUAUGCUUUCGCUGUCUGUUUAAUCGUCCUCAUAUAA